GCUUUUUUGACUUGACCCUCUAGAAAAUCGUCUUGUGUUUCUGGCUCUUUUCAGUUUCAGAUCUCGUAAGUUUUCGGCAGUUUCCGGGGAAACUCGGGAACUCCCGAGCCUGGCUGGCUCAAGCUGAUCUGGUGCGGAGGCGCAGGGUCUCCGGCUAGUCAUGGCGUCCCCAUCUCGGAGGCUGCAGACUAAACCAGUCAUUACUUGUUUCAAAAGCGUUCUCUUGAUCUACACUUUCAUCUUUUGGAUUACUGGUGUUAUCCUUCUUGCCAUUGGCAUUUGGGGAAAGGUUAGCCUGGAAAAUUAUUUUUCCCUCUUAAAUGAGAAGGCCACCAAUGUGCCUUUUGUGCUUAUUGGCACUGGUACUGUCAUUAUUCUCUUGGGCACCUUUGGUUGUUUUGCUACCUGUCGAGCUUCUGCAUGGAUGCUGAAACUGUAUGCAAUGUUUCUGACACUCAUUUUUUUGGUCGAACUAGUUGCUGCCAUUGUAGGAUUUGUUUUCAGACAUGAGAUUAAGAACAGCUUUAAAAAUAACUAUGAAAACGCUUUGAAGGAGUACAACUCCACAAGAGACUAUAGAAGUGAAGCUGUAGACAAGAUUCAAAGUACUUUGCAUUGUUGCGGUGUCACCAAUUACAGAGAUUGGAAAGGUACUAAUUAUUACUCAGAAACAGGAUUUCCCAAGAGCUGCUGUAAACUGGAGGGUUGUUCUCCACAGAGAGAUGCAGAUAAAGUCAACGAAGAGGGUUGUUUCAUAAAGGUAAUGGCAAUUAUAGAGUCAGAAAUGGGAGUCGUUGCUGGAAUUUCUUUUGGAGUUGCUUGCUUCCAGUUAAUUGGAAUCUUUCUUGCGUACUGUCUCUCUCGUGCCAUAACAAAUAACCAGUAUGAGAUAGUAUAACCAGUAUACACAUGGCCUUAUUUUUCUCCAAUUUUAAGGUUACCCUUGUGAGUUUUAACAUUGCUUGGAUGGAGACUGACUUCUUAUUAGCCUGAAAAAAUGCUCCAGCAGACUGAUUCAUCAAGAUAUUUGUGUAUUGUGUUCAAUGUCCAUUUCUGUCUUAUUGGUGUACCCCUGUAUCUCUGAAACACUGGAAAAGCUAGUAAAUUGUAAAUGAAAUAUUACCAUGUUUCUCUUGAAUUUUAUUUCUCAGUGUGGGAACUGUGAGAAGUGCUGUGAAUUUGCUAUUUUGAUAACAGUGUUAUUAAUGGAAAUUUUAUGAAUUUGCUAUUGAUGUAGUGUGAUAGAAAAUUGGCCUCCCUCAGUGGGCUUCUUAAUAGUAAAGAUUAUCUGGCUUGUUUAUAUAAUCUGCACCAAUAAGGGAAAUGUUUCAUUAGUCUCUGUUGAUAAGCAGAGUCAUAUUUUAUAAUUUCAUUCCAGCUAGUCAUCAGAUGGUACCCAUCAUCAGCAUUCCUGGGUAGGUUACAACUGUCUCAGGCUUUGGGUGCAGAGCACAAAGACCAAGGCCCACUACCCUUGACACAUCAGCAUUCCAUACACAAUGUAUUUUUGUCUCCAAACUAAGGCAUUUAUACUGAUUAUUCUUUGUUAUUUGAAAGGUUAUUUAAUGGUGUCAGAACUAUUGUAGUUUCCUUAUGAAUUUAAUGGAACUUAUCUUGAUUACUUUAGCUACAUUUUCCUCACCAAGCUGGAAUAAUAGUUCAUAUCAACUGUCAAC